UUUUCUCUGUUGAAGACGGCGCGACUAGCAGCACUGCUUCCUCGACGAACCACUCUACAACAAUCCUCAUCGCCUGCCGCCUGAAAACUCUACCUCUUCACUCUCUUCAGCCUCCAGCGCCCUUCGUCUUUCAAUCGCUAGCCCAGUGCGAGAGCGAGAUUUGAAUCAGUCUCUAUCUUCAGUCACUGCUCCCGUUUCACUGAAGCACUUCCUAGCUACUGAAACCGCUUCGCCGAUCGUCUGCGACGAAACUCUUUUCCUGAAAAGCCUGCCUUGUCUCGCCUUUCGAAAACACCUCCAACAUGGCUGAAGUCGCAUCUGCUCAGCAGCCGGUCCCGCUCGACACCAUCCCCAUCUCCCCCGACGGAGACAACACCACCAGCGGCACUGAUAUCUCCAAAAGCAAUGGUAGCGCCGACACCGUCGACGAUGCUCCCGUCACCGUAUUCCACGACCCCGACAACUUCAACGUCAAGCACCCGCUUAUGAACACCUGGACUCUGUGGUUCACCAAGCCCCCAAGCGGCAAGGGCGACCACUGGAACGACUUGCUCAAAGAAGUCAUCUCGUUCGACUCAGUUGAGGAGUUCUGGGGCAUCUACAACAACAUCACUUCGACUUCCGAACUCGCCCUCAAGUCCGAUUACCAUCUCUUCAAGAAAGGCGUUCGUCCGGAGUGGGAGGACUCGCAGAAUAAGCACGGUGGCAAGUGGGCUUUCCAGUUCAAGGAUAAGAAAGCCAUCAACAUCGACGCUCUCUGGCUGCAUGUCAUGCUCGCUGCCAUCGGCGAGACCUUGGAGGAGGAUGGCGACAACGAGGUUAUGGGUGUCGUUGUCAACGUCCGCAAAGGAUUCUACCGUAUCGGCCUGUGGACCCGCACCAUUGGCAAGGCAGGUGAUGGAAAGAACGGCGCAGCCAAGGGCCGUACCCCUGAGCAAGGACGGGAGGUUCUGAUGCGGAUCGGCAAGAAGUUCAAGGAGGCUCUGGGCCUGGAGAGCAGCAAUGAGGUGGUCGAGUUCUCAGGACACACUGACAGUGCCAAUGCGGGAAGUACCCGCGCCAAAGCGAAGUUCACGGUGUAAGCCGGAGCGGCACUAACGGAGUUGGUGGUUUAGGCGACGUCUGGCAUGCUAUAUGGACGACAGACAGGAAAGAUAUGGCUCGUCUGAGGCUCGCUAUUGCCUCACGCAGCAUACUUUCGCCUUCGACGUUUACAUCACUGAUAUCGCGCCUGCCGAUUCCGUGAUACCUAGUUUCUCACUUACUCAGCUUCACUAUCACCUGAUUUCUUGCACGACAACUCGGUUCUAUCCCAAUCGAAGGUUUUGCAUGGCGUUGUCACCUCUGGCCCCUCGUUUGAGACAAUGGAUGAAUCAUCGCGGACUCGUGGAAUCCUCGAUGGGACAAGGGGCAAAAAAGGGUUUCUGUACACUGGUUGAUCAGGAACAACACAUUCCCCGGUUAGCAUGGCGUUGAAAGGGUUCACGGGCGACAUGGG